AUGGUCGAAGACAAAUAUGUAGGACUCAUGCUGGCCGUGAGCUCGUCACUAGCCAUUGGCGCAAGUUUUGUCAUUACGAAGAAGGGCCUCAAUGCCUCGAUGGAGAAGCAGGGCUUCAACGGCGACGGUUUUGGAUACCUACAGAACCCUGUGUGGUGGGCCGGCAUAACGACGAUGGUACUCGGCGAGAUCUUCAACUUCGCGGCAUAUGCCUUCGCGCCUGCCAUCCUCGUAACUCCCCUCGGCGCCCUUUCAGUUCUUAUCGGUGCGGUACUCGGCUCGUACUUCCUGGACGAACAAUUAGGACUUCUGGGCAAGAUUGGCUGCGCGAUAUGUCUCAUCGGAUCUGUCAUUAUCGUGCUACAUGCGCCGCCGGACAAAGAGGUUGAGUCUGUGGAGGAGAUCUUGAACCUUGCGCUUCAGCCAGGAUUUCUCUUCUACUGCGCUUUCUGCGUCGUUUUCUGCAUCUUCAUGAUCUACAGUGUUGCGCCCAAGUACGGUCGCAAGAACCCGCUCAUUUACCUCUCCAUUUGCUCGACCGCCGGCUCCGUUUCCAUCAUGUUCAUCAAGGCCUUCGGUAUCGCCCUCAAGAUGACAUUCGCGGGCAACAACCAGUUCACGCACCCCUCCACAUACGUCUUCGUAAUCUUGGUGGUCGGAUGCAUUCUCACACAGAUGAACUACUUCAACAAGGCCUUGAGCCAGUUCUCGACGAACAUUGUCAACCCGCUCUACUACGUCAUGUUCACGACUUGCACCCUCAUCGCGUCCUGCCUCCUCUUCCAAGGCUUCAACACCACGUCUGCCGUCAAUACCAUUUCCCUCCUCUGUGGUUUUCUCAUCAUCUUCUCCGGCGUAUAUCUAUUGAACCUUUCGCGCGAAGACCCCAACGGCAGCAACGCAUACGGCUCGCGUUUCACCGACGGCCCGCCUUCUGACGCCAUAUCCGGUUUCCCUACAAGACGCAGUAUGCAAGCGCGGCGCAGCGAAGAGCUGUUUGAGCGACAGUCGAUUGGUGUCGUUCGUGAUGGCAGGCCUAGUUAUGCGGACGCUGGCGACCGUAGCGCGCUGAUGCAUGACUACGACGUUGAGAACCAGUUCGAGCUUGGAGAUUUGGCCGACAGCGACGAUGAUUUGGAGGGUGGCCAAAACACCAAACGAACAAGCUUCGAUGAGGAGGCAAGGUUGAAUGGUAGACUCAGCGGCACAGGCAGAGGGCGUGUGCAAAAAGAGUCGAUACAACCGAAGAGGAACUCGUCAGUCCGAUGA